AUGCAUCGUCUUUUUGCUGAGCUGGAGCCAUCUUUAACCGUCUCAGAGCAAAACCUGGCAGACCGGGUUCGGUAUAUCUUGCGCUCAAAUAUAUUUGAUGUCGCCGAACUUGAACGACUACGACGUGAGGCUGUUCCCUCAUCGGAUGAAAAUGCUACGGCUGAGGAUGCGGCGCCACAAAUUGCAGAGCAACCCGCAAACGUGAAUGCCGCCGUGCAUACUCCAGUUGUGGUUGAUUCAAACGAUGAUGGAACAGUCGCCCAGGAACUGGAAUUAGAGCAUAUGAGGAGUACAUUGGAAGAGGCGAUUGUGGAAACGCGCAGUACGCCUCUCGAAAAUCGACCGCGACUUCCCCACAUAGCCCUAAGCAAAGCGGAAUCGGGCUGUGGUGAGGGCUCUGAACCCAAUGCUGGUGACCUAUUUGGAAGCCAGCCGGGACCUUUGCGAGACGGACUCAAUUCUUUUUGGUGCCGCACUGGCAGUGUGCCGUAUUAUAGGCGCCAAAUUUUCCACGGCUGGACGCACUACUGGACAAAGUAG